AUGGGCCAACCUACACCCCUGCCCCCCAUCCCCUCUUUGCCUACUAUGUCUGACUCCCUUCUCAACACCCCAACCCCAUCCCCACAUGGAACUCAGGAGCCCCUCCCUACCCCUGACCUCAUGAUGUUGAGGGAGCCCCAUGUUGAACUUCCAAUGAGUAACCCCGCCAUGGACCCUACCCACAGUGAUCUCACUGAAUCUAUCCACACACCUAACAACAUGCAAGGAGACCAGAACAUGGAAAUACCCACCAACCCUACCACACUUCACACCCCCACCACAGAGGAAGAGGCAAUUCUCACGCACCUAGCCAUGGUGGAGACCAAUAGAUCUAUCAUGAGCCAAAACAGCCCCCAUCACCGCACCAUCCUCCCCCAAUUCAUGCCCAUCCCAACUGGCAGCUUCCCAAAAGUGCACAUGUCACACUCAGCCCAGAUCUUUGACCACCUCAAUACCAAGGUCCUCCUUGCCUGGUUCCAGGUAGUGCAUCCCAAAUUCCUAGUUCGUGUCUUCAACCACUCUGGGAAAGAUAUCACUGAAAGAACCACGGUCAUCACUGAGCACAUAUGUAACAGUGUUGCUAUCAUAGCAAACUAUGUACACCAGGAUGCUGCUCCCAUACAAGUCUCCCCCCUGCAACCCCAAGGUGGCAGAAGCGCAAAAAAUUACCUGACCUGCUUUUUGGUCCACAAUACCUCAGAUGAGACCAAAGAGCUAAUCCUGAACCAGCACAUCUGGUCCGCCACAAACAUCACCUUUGAAGCCCUUCCUUUUGCCUGUCAACACCCCCCUGACCUCUUAUUCUGCCUAUCCGGCUUCACCACCUCCAACGUGGAAACUGUCCACAAAAUGGUUGCAGAUGUCUGGGCGCAUGAAGACAACAGACACCACAUAAAUGAUUUCUUCUCCACAAGCGAGAUUGUGGAGGAGGAACUAGUCUACAAAGCUACCAGAGACCUCAUUAGAUCCAUUUGCAUCGAGCACCUCGACUUCAAAGUCACUGGUGGCCUCUCUGUUCCCUGUUUCAACAUCUUCACUACCAGCCCAACCACCAACGCAAAGACCUGGAUGGACCUUAGAGGCUUCCUGCAUAUCCUCGAUUACCCCACUGGGCUUGACAGCUGUGGAACUGCCAUAGCGCUCCACCCAUGCCCCAUCUGUCACUCUCUUGCCCACCCGUGUGGCCUAUGCCCCUUCCCUGAAGUGCUGCUCUGGAAUGGCCCCAGAGUGAGCAACAGGACCAUGGCAAAUGGGCCAUGCACUUCCAGAAGGCUGAGAGGUGGGAGAACUGGUUGA